AAUCCAAGGCUACAGCACAACCUGCACAGCCUGGAAAACAACAGCAAUUUUUUUUCUUUUCAUAAUUAAGCAGGUUAUGCAUUACGUCACCGAAGCUCUACAAACCUUAAAGGGAGUAGGAAACUAUUAAAUUAAGUUCUAAAUUAGUUUAAAUAUUUCAUGCAAAGGUUUUUGGACUGUGAAUAAAGAAGAUAUCAAAUUAGGUAUUUUAUUCGUGGAUUUUCGGAUAAGCAGCAUGAUGAUGCUCUCAUUAAGGUUGUUAUUGUUGGCUUGGAGUGGUGCAUUUUGCUUCGUACCAUUGGCGUGGACCAGUGUGAUGGAGAGCGCAUCCCAACAAAACCAGGUUUUAGCAGAGGAAUUUGAAGACGCAUUGAUGGAGGAUGAACUGGACAAUCAGGAGAACAUUUUAACCCAGCUCAUAGGUGACUAUGACAAAGUAAAGACUCUCUCAGAGGGCCCUGACUGCCGCUGCAAAUGUCUGGUCAGACCGUUAAGCAGGAGCGCCUGCAAGCGUAUUGAAGAAGGGACGGGAAAGCUUGAGGAUUUCUACACAGUCGAGACAGUGACCUCAGGACCCAACUGUAAGAAGUGUGCCUGCAUUGCCCCCCCAUCUGCUCUCAAUCCCUGCGAAGGAGACUUCAGAUUUAGGAAACUCCAAAAGGCUGGGAAAGAUGAUAUCAAGCUUUCCACCAUCAUGGAUUUACUUGAAGGAGCUUUGUAUGGGAUGGAUCUGCUAAAGUUGCACUCAGUCACCACUAAACUCCUGACACGUGUGGAGAACAUAGAAAAGUCAUUUUCUGGAAAUGGGACAAAGGAGCAAGAAAGCGUAAAAGAACAGAAAGGACAAUGGAACAACUCGCUCGACAACCAUCAUCUGGAGAAGAAAAGACGUUUGAGCGAGCUGGAGCCCUCACUGCAGAAUAAAGUGGCUGCAGCUUUCUCGCACACAGAGAAGAAGUAUGAAGAGAAGUUUGUAGGAAGCCAGGACUCCAGCAGGCUCCUGAAGAGAAGUCAUGUUGAAGAUUCUGAGGAGCAGAAAUCACUAAAGAAAAAAAUGGGACCAAAUGGGAUGAACAUCAGAAGCAUGACCUUCUACAAGGCUGAUACUGAAGAGGACGACGACGGAGAGCAGAACGGAACAGAUGAUGUGUUGAGUGGUGAUGGCUCAGUGGAUUUAAUAAUAGAAGACCAGAUCCCCAAACAACAGGACACUCGGUCCUCAGACUCCCAAACUACGGCAUCAGAUCUGAAUGGAGAAACCACCACAAAGGUGCUGACUAUCACGAAGCAGCCGAAACAAGCAUCUUGGGAAACUGAAAGGAUGGUUACAACCAACACAGCUACGCUGCUUUCCUCAACAGCCCCCUCCACUACCACUACCACCACCACCACCACCAGCACUACCACCACCACCAGCACACAUUUAACGACCACCAACACAUCAACCACUGUCUCUGCUCCUCCUAAAGCUCCAAAACCACAGAGCAACUCUACAUCUGUAGCAAAAAAACACAUAGUAAAAUCUCGACUUAGCUGGGAUGAAGAAUCUGUCGUCGCUACAGACGCACCCAAGAAUUCUGGUGUAUGCAAGGACACGCUAGCUACUAUCGCUGACCCUGUGACUAAAAAUACUUUUGGCCGAAAUGAAGGCGCAUGGAUGAAGGACCCAAAAGGCAAUGGCAAUGUUAUUUAUGUCACAAACAACUACUUUGGAAGCAACCUACUGGAAUUCCGUGAUAUGGAGACAUUCAAGCAAGGAAGCAUCAGCAACUCUUACAAACUCCCCUACAACUUCAUCGGCACAGGUCAUGUGGUCUACAACGGUGCCUUCUACUACAACCGGGCGUUUUCCCACGACAUCAUCAAAUACGACCUGCGUCUGCGUUAUGUGGCGGCUUGGACCACACUGCACGAUGCCAUGUUUGAGCAUGAUGACGAGGAGGCACCCUGGAGCUUUAGAGGACACUCAGAUGUGGACUUUGCUGUAGAUGAGAGUGGCCUGUGGCUGGUUUAUCCGGCUCUAGAUGAAGAAGGUUUCCACCAGGAAGUGAUCAUCUUGAGCAAGCUCAGUCCUUUUGAUCUGCAGAAGGAGAACACAUGGAGGACAGGCCUGAGGAGGAACAACUACGGGAACAGCUUUGUCAUCUGCGGUGUCCUAUAUGCUGUGGACAGCUAUGAACGCAUAAACGCCACCAUUAGCUAUGCUUUUGACACGCAUACACACACUCAGAUGGUGCCACGGCUGCCCUUUAUGAACAACUACACUUACACCACGCAAAUAGACUAUAAUCCAAAGGACCGCAUGCUCUACGCCUGGGACAAGGGGCAUCAAGUGACCUAUGAUGUCAUAUUUGCCUAUUAAUUACUGUAUGAGAUGGUAAAUAGAUCUUUAAAAAAUUGCUGUUCUGCACUUUUGUUAAAGAAAUACAAGACUCAGCAGAUUGUAGAUCAGUCUGCAUGGUCGGUAUAUAUUUUUUAUAACAUGCCACUAUUUUUUUUUUGUUGUUUGUUUGCCUGGUCGCAUUGCAUAAAGUGCAUGUUUCCCUAAAGUGCUUUUAAUUUCAUGAUGAAACAGUCAUGCCGUUCGACUGGCUGGUCCUGCAGAAGCUUCUUAUGCUAGCAAUGCCUGUGAUUGCUCAUUGCAAAUCAGGGGUACCCAAGAUUUAUUCUAAAAAAGACUUUGACUUCGAGAUGCGGCUACUUCCAGCAGUUAUGUAUAAUGAAACAGCACCACCUGCUGUACUGGAGCACUUGUGUGCCACAGUAUGCAGAGAGUAUGCAAGCUUAUAAGCCCACGAAGGUGGUUUCAUCUUCAUAUAACCUGUUGUGGUUUCUGCAUUAAGUAUAAUGAGGACUUUAAUGACAAAGUUAGUGUUACGGCUUGUAAAAAUGUGUAUGCAUUUUGUAAAUAAUGUAGUUAAUUUAAAAUAAAUCCAAUGCCUGUA